AUGGCAGGUAUGGAGAACAGAUCUGAAGUGAAUGAGUUCAUCCUUACAGGAUUAACAGAUGCCCCAGAGCUUCAGGUUACUCUCUUCAUAAUGUUCAUCUUCAUCUACCUCAUCACCCUGGUAGGGAACCUGGGGAUAGUAGCUCUGAUCUCCUGGGAUUCCUGCCUCCACACCCCCAUGUACUUUUUCCUCAGUAACCUCUCUCUGGUGGAUUUUGGCUACUCCUCAGCUAUUACUCCCAAGGUGAUGACUGGGCUCAUCACAGGGAACAAGGUCAUCUCCUACAAUGGAUGUGCUACACAGUUGUUCUUCUUUGGGUCUUUCAUUACUGUUGAAUGUUUCCUUUUGGCUUCCAUGUCUUAUGAUCGCCAUGCAGCUGUGUGUAAGCCCCUACAUUACACCACUACCAUGACCUCAACAAUAUGUGUCUAUCUGGCCAGUGGAGCUUACAUCUGUGGCUUUCUGGCCUCCUCCAUAGUCAUAGGAAGCAUGUUUAGCCUUUCCUUCUGUAGGUCCAACAUAGUCCAUCACUUUUUCUGUGAUGUUCCCCCUCUCCUAGUUCUCUCUUGCUCUGACACUCACAUUAUUAAGUUAGUAGUCUUUACCUUAGGGUCACUAAAUACCUUUUUCCCAUUUCUUGUCAUCUUUUCCUCUUACUUGUUGAUCUUCAUCACCAUCCUGAAGAUCCAUUCUGCUGAAGGCCGCCAGAAAGCCUUCUCCACUUGUGCUUCCCAUCUCACAGCAGUGUUCAUAUUUUAUGGGACACUCAUCUUCAUGUACCUUCAACCCAGCUCAAGCCACUCCAUGGACACAGACAAAAUGGUGUCAGUGUUCUAUACCAUGCUCAUCCCUAUGUUGAAUCCUCUGGUCUAUAGUCUUAGAAACAAAGUGGUCAAGAAUGCUUUCAGGAAAGCUCUGAGGGCACAGCGACUUCAACUGGAUCAUCUUUUCUCUUAA